AACCCAUUCCACCAAGCCAACCUAGAUCGGACCGCAGGACGACCCCUGUUACUGCCAAGCACGCGGAGACGCGGAGUCCAAGCCACACCCAAGUAUGUCCGCCUUGGCUCUGGGCGCCGCCGGCACCUGGCCGGAGGCCGUCGUUCAGUGCCUCCUCUUCCUCCUCGCCGCGGGCAUGCUCGUCGCGCUCCACUCCCUCCCCCGCCGCGUCGCCCUCCGCCUCCGCCGCUCCGGCGGCGGCGGCGGCUCCGCCGCUGCCCAGUCGCGCCGGCACUUCGCGCAGGGCGCCCAGCUCCUCGCCCGCGCGCGUGCUGCGGCGCCCAAGCCCCCUGGCCCGCUCGCUCGCGCGGCCGUCGCAGAGGCCGACCGCGCCAUCGCCCUCGACCCCCGCGACGCCGCGCCGCUCAUCCUCAAGGCCCUAGCCCUCGACCUCCAGGGCCACCGCCUCCCGGCCCUGCGCACCCUCGACGCAGCCCUCGCGCCGCCGCUCGCCCGGUCGCUAGAGCCGCGCGAGCGAGGGGACGCGCUCGCCAAGCGCGCCGAGAUCGCCCUCGCGCUCCACCGCCGCCGCCGGCUCGACCAGGCCGCAGCCGAUCUCGCGGAGGCCGUUCUCCUCAGCCCCGAGAACGCCCGCGCCCACGCGCUGCUCGGCGAGUGCUACGAGAGGAAGGGUCUCGCCGCUGAGGCCCGGGACGCCUUCAAGACCGCGGCAUCCAUCGACCCAAAGCUCGCAGUUGCGCUGGACGGUCUCCGUCGGGUAGACGGGGGCGAGGAGGGCAAUGAAAGUGACUGAUGAAGCAAAAAAGAAAAAAAAAAGGCGUCAUUUUUGCUACAAACUAGCAAACGUGCCAUAACAAAGACUAUGUUUCACCAUAGUCAGUAUUAAGUCUUAACUACAGGUGCGUUGCUUAUAAAGAAUAACAAAGACACUAUAUUUCACCAUAGCAUGACACUAGCAACAUCACUUUGCCACAGUACCUAGUUCUAAUUGGCUUUGUUCUUGGGAGCGCUAACCGCCUUCGCAUCUGGUGAACCCAGCAUGGAUCCGAACUCAGUUGCUCUUGCUUCAUGUAGUUGAAGCAAGACUUAAUAGCUCUCUCCUAGAUAGAAUGAUCAACGCUUGUCGCUUGGUUUGUUCGAAUGUGGGAAUCAAAACUGUUCCGCGUCAAGCCUUUGAAAGCUCACAACAUUUUUCACGCUAUCAUGGGUAAGAGAGUCCCUCCACACGCUUUCAAGACCCUCUUAUCCAUGAUGCUGUGAAAAAUGUCGUUAGCUUUUGGAGGAUUGUGGUGCUACAGUUUUAGUCCAACCUUCCAAAAAACCAAGGUUUUUUUUAGGAGAGUUUUGUUAAGACUUGCUUCAGCUAUAUGAUAGGGUAACCGAGUUCAGAUUCAUGUUGGAUUCACCCUAUCGAGAAGGCCCCCAAGAACAAGGACAACUAGUCCUCCGUCUGUACUCUUAAGAAUAAAAAUAAAUAUGCAUAGAAUUAGAUACUAUGGUGAAGGGAUGUUGCUGUUAUCCUACUAUGGUGAAAUAUAAUAUCUUUCUUCUGGAUGAGCAUUUAACUUAUGUUGCAUAUUGGGGUGGAAUGAACGACGCCCUUGAAGUGGUAAAUGUGAUGUGUUAUGUGGUCCUGCUGUAAUCGCUUACCUUGAAUAUGUUACUUAUGUUGGUUCAUGUUGUAGAUUAAUGAAUUUGCAUUUUAGUUGAAUGAAAAUAUGAGUGGCUCAA